AUGUUGGGGAAGAGUUUGGACAAAAAGACAAAACUUGGUCAUUUAAUGCUCGAAGGUCAAGUCCUAAAACACUCCUCAAACAAGCAUUGUGCUGCUGCCUGUGGAGAGUGGAAUGGUAAACCAUUAACAGUAGUGACAACUCCAGAUAUCUUCAGUCUGUCUCGGGAGAAAAUGAGAGAAGAGAUGAGAAGAUGCUUCAGUCUUUGUCAUCCUGGACCAAAUGUUCUGCUGCUGUUAGUGAACCCUUCUGAGUUCACCGAGAAGAACAGACAAACACUGAAGUUCAUCCUGAGUCUGUUCGAUCAAGACGCUUUGAAACACUCGAUGGUCAUCAUGACACAUGAGGUGAUUGAAAGCCUCAAUGUGAAACAGCUGCUCAAGGAAUGUGGAGGAAAACAGUACAGCAUGUUGGAGGAGGAUCAUAGAUCACUGAUGAAGAAGAUUGAGGACAUUGUGCAUGAAAACAAAGAAGCCUUCCUCACCUUCACUGAAGAGCCCAUCAGACCAAAGUCUGAACCCAUCAGAGCAGCUUUAAAACUGGUCCUGUGUGGGAGGAGAGGAGCAGGGAAGACUUCAGCAGCCAAGGCCAUUUUAGGUCAGACAGAGCUUCAUUCAGUCUCCAGCUCAUCACAGUGUGUUAGACAUCAGGGAGAGGUGUGUGGACAUUGGGUUUCCCUGGUGGAGCUGCCUGCCUUGUAUGGAAAACCUCAGGAGGCAGUGCUGGAGGAAUCAUUCAGGUGUAUCUCCCUCUGUGAUCCUGAGGGCGUCCAUGCCUUCAUCCUGGUCCUACCUGUGGGUCCCCUCACUUAUGAAGACAAGGGAGAGUUAGAGACCAUCAGGAACACAUUCAGCUCUCGAGUCAAUGACUUCACCUUGAUCCUGUUCACUGUGGAGUCAGAUCCUACAGCUCCAGCUGUUGUUAACUUUAUAAAGAAAAACAGAGACAUCCAGGAGCUCUGUCAGAGCUGUGGAGGAAGAUAUGUUGUUCUCAACAUCAAGGACCAGCAGCAGAUCCCAGAGCUGUUGGAUGUUGUGGAAAAAAAUUACCAAUCUAAAAAGAAACCAUCCUGCUAUACGACAGAAACAUUUGCACAUGCACAAAUGAAAAAGAUCAUACAACAAGAGAAACGUAUCAAGAGGCAACAGAUUGAGCUUGAGAAGCUGACGAAGGACAAGCUCACUUGUGAUGAUGAGGAGCAGAGCCCAGAGUGUCUCAGGAUUGUGCUGAUAGGGAAGACUGGCUGUGGAAAGAGUUCUUCAGGAAACACCAUCCUAGGAAGAGACGAGUUUGAAGCUGAAUCAAGCCAAACAUCAGUCACCAAACGCUGUCAGAAAGCAGUGGGUGAGGUGGACGGUCGUCCUGUUGCUGUGGUCGACACUCCUGGUCUGUUUGACACAACUUUGUCCCAUGAAGAGGUUAAUGAGGAGAUGGUGAAAUGCAUCAGUCUUCUGGCUCCAGGACCACAUGUCUUCCUGUUGGUGUUACAAAUCGGCAGAUUUACACCAGAGGAGAAGGAGACAAUAAAGCUCAUCAAGAAAGGCUUUGGGAAGAAUGCUGAACAGUUCACCAUCAUUCUUUUCACCAGAGGAGAUGAACUGGAACAUGAUGAGAUAUCUAUUGGGGAGUACAUUGAAAAAAAAUGUGAUGAUUCCUUUAAGAAGCUGAUUGCUGACUGUGGAGGAAGAUACCAUGUGUUCAAUAACCAUGAUAAAGAAAAGCAUAAACAAGUCAGAGAGCUGAUAACCAAGAUCGACACCAUGGUGAAGACAAAUGGAGGCAGCUGCUACACUAAUGAGAUGCUGCAAGAGGCCGAGGCAGCUAUAAAGAAAGAAGUGCAGAGGAUCCUGAAGGAGAAGGAAGAAGAGAUGAAGAAGGAGAGGGAGGAGCUGAGAAGAAAACAUGAGGAAGAAAUGCAAGAGAUGAAAAAAAGAAUGGAAGAACAGAGAGCAGAAAUUGAAAAGGAGAGAAUACUGAGAGAAAAACAACUUGAGGAAAAGCAGGAGAGGAUCAACAAGGAACGUGAGAAGAGAGAGAAAGAACAGGAAAUGAGAGAAGAAGAAGACAGGAAGAGAAAACAACAGGAAGAAAUUCAACGACAGGAGUGGGAACAAAAGCUUAAUGUUUUGGAGCAAAAAUUAAAGUUAGAGUCAGAAUCAAAGGACAGAAAGCUGGAGGAGAGCAGAGAAGAGAUGAUGAAAGAACAAGAGAACUUGGAGAGAAAACAAAAAGAAUGGUGGGAAAAACGAAAAAAAGAUGAACAGAGACGACAGGAAGAACAAAUAAGACUUCAAAAGCUUCAAAAAGAGUUUGAACAGGAAAAAGAAAAAUAUGAAAAGAGGAAAAAUGAAGAGGACCGAAAUAGAAGAGAACAAGUAGAGAAAGAGAGAAAAGACAAGGAGGAAAAGCAGAAAGCAGAAAUUGAAAAGGAGAGAAAACAGAGACAAAAACUACUUCAUGAAAAGGAGGAGAAGAUAAAGAGGGAACAUGAGGAGAGAAAGAAAGAACAGGAAAUGAGAGAAGAAGAAGACAGGAAGAGAAAACAAGAGGAAGAAAUUCAACGACAGGAGUGGAAACAAAAAGUUGAAGCUUUGGAGCAAAAAAUAAGAUCAGAGUCAGAAUCAAAGGAAACUAUUGACAGAAAGCUGGAGGAGAGCAGAGAAGAGAUGAGGAAAGAACGAGACGACUGGGAGAGAAAACAAAAAGAAUGGUGGGAGAAACGAGAUCAAGAAAAUGAACGGAGACAAAAGGAGGAGCAAAUAAGACUGAAAAAGCUUCAAGAAAAAUAUGAACAACGGGAAAAAUGUUUGAAGAAAACAAUGGAAGAGGAACGAAUCAGAAGGGAACAAGAGGAAAAAGAGAGAAAAGACAAAGAGGUAAAACGGAGAGCAGAAACUGAAAAGGAGAGAAAACUCAAAGAAAAACUAUUUGAAGAAAAGGAGGAGAAGAUAAAGAAGGAGUAUGAAGAGAGAAAGAAAGAACAGGAGAUGAGAAAAGAAGAAGACAGGAGGAGAAAACAACAGGAAGAAAUUCAACAACAGGAGUGGAAACAAAAAGUUGAAGCUUUGGAGCAAAAAUUAAAGUUAGAGUUAGAAUUAAAGGACAGAAAGCUGGAGGAGAGCAGAGAAGAGAUGAGGAAAGAAAGAGAGAACUGGGAGAAAGAAAGAAAAGAAUCGUGGGAGAAACGAAUACAAGAAAAUAAACGGAGACGACAGGAAGAACAAACAAGAUUGAAAAAGCUUCGGGAACUAAACAAUCAGGAGAGAGAAAAAUACGAAAAGAAGAGAAAUGAAGAGGACCGACUCAGAAGAGAACAAGAGGAAAAAGAGAGAAAAGACAUGGAGGAGAACUAUAAGAAGAAAAUGGAGAAUCUGAUGAAGACACAUGAAGAGGAGGCCAGAGAGAAAGCUGAAGAGUUCAAUGAAUUCAAAGAGAAAUACAAGAAGGAAUCUGCAGCUCAGAAACAAGAGCACGAGAAACAACUGAAAGACAAAGAGCAGCAGUAUGACCUCUUAAUGGCUCUUUCAGCUCACAGUGAAGAACAACUGAAGAAAAAACAUCAAGGUGAAAUUUGUGAUUUGGUGAAAUGUGUGACCAAAAGGAGAGAAAAUCUGAAAAAAAUCAAAGAAUUACUGAAAAAACACGAAAAAGAAAUGAAAAGAGUGAAAAAUGAAGAGGAAAAGAAGGAUCUGGAGAAAACACAUGAAAGUCAAAUAAGUGACUUGAUACAGGAACUUGUGACACAGGUCGACCCAUCACGGUGUCGCAUUUUAUGA